AAGCUUGAGAAGAUAUUUCCACUAUCUUUUUUCGAUAUUAUGAUCCAUUUAUGCGUACACUUAUCACGUGAAGCAAUCUUUGCAGGACCGGUGCAAUACCAGUGGAUGUAUGCAUUUGAGAGGUACAUACAUAUUCUUAAGGGCUAUGUACGUAACAAAGCCCGUCCAGAAGGCUCUAUUGCUGAAGGUUACAUUGAUAAUGAGGCUCUUACCUUUUGCUCUAUGUACUUCAACGAAGGUGAGACAAAAUUUAAUAAACCAGAGUGGAAUUAUGAUGGGCCUAUUAAAGCUACACAAGAUGGAAAUAUUUUUGUAUUUAAGCAAAAAGUACGUGGAAUAAGAGUUGCAAUUAAUGAUGUGUUGAAUUUAAAAGAUUUGAAGAAAGCUCGAUGGUAUGUGUUGAAUAAUUGUGAUGAAGUUCAACCGUAUGUGAGGCAAUACAUGGAUGAACUUGAGAGACAAGGUUUGAGGAAUGUGCAAGAGAUGCUAGAAUCAGAGUUCCAUACAUGGUUUCUAAAAUACGUAAGUGCUAUAAAAUUUUAACCUUAUUAGCAUCUGAAAAAUUUACCAGUGAAUUAGGGAUUGUCACUAUGCAAUUUGCCCCACAAAAUGUUCCAUCGUGGACUGAUAUUAGCGAAGAGGAUAAAGAAACAUUGAUUGCAUACCUUUAGGUAAGUGGUACAACUGCUGAGA